AUGGAAGACGAAAAAAAAUUAUCAAAAAAGUGAGUAUUUUGCCAUGUUUCGAAAAGCUGCAUCGCAGUUUCUUUUGCCAUUCUGUGCUACCAGGCAUUUUUCUUGUUCUACACCUAUUUUUAAAUUUAACCGGUGGGUUAGCUACAACUUUUUUUCAAGUCUUGCAAUAAACGGUUUUCAGUGAACAAAAACGACUGGCCAAACAAGCUCAAAAAGAAAAGGAGAAACAAGAAAAGGAGCAUAAGAAACAAGGCGAAAAUGCUACAAUCAAAGUAAGUUUUGACAUUUGAAAGUUUUAAAUUUUGAGAGAUUCCGCUGAUUUCCGCGAAAUAAAAAGUCUCUCCAAAGGGUCGAAAAAAUGCAAAAGCAAAAAGUUCAAUUAUAUAAGAUUCUGUCAAAGAUGCUUUAAAGAAAAUAUAAAUUGCAGAUUGUGUUUCAACAAUUUUUUUAUUCAAAGGUAUUUCAAGAUAGUCUCAUGAUUGCAGGUGAAAGAGACGAAGGAAGCGGAUCCGUCUGACCCUCAAGAAUACUUCAACAUGCGCGUUCGUAUGAUCGAAGGGAGACGUGCUGCUGGGGACAAUCCAUUCCCUCAUAAAUUCAACGUGACCGUGUCUCUUACGGAAUUCAUCGAGAAGUACAGCUCUUUGGAGAAGGAGCAAGUUCACGAUGAUGUGGUCAGCAUUGCAGGUUAGAUUUUUUUUUUCGGAAUUUCUUAUCUCAAAAAAGUUUUCUAUCUUCGAAAGCACAAGAUUUCUGUAUUUUUUUAACGUUAUCCCCCUUCUCCCAGCCAGUUCUUAAUAAAUUACAGAAAGCAGAAUGAAAUUUUUUUUUCUGAAUUCUAUAAAUAUAAUCGUCUUAUUAACAGGAAGGAUUUUCUCGAAACGGGAGUCCGGCAGCAAACUCGUCUUCUACGACGUGCAUAGCGAAAACACCCGACUCCAGGUUCCUAAAUAAAAGUCAAUGAGAGAACGUUCAAAAUUUCAAGGUCAUGGCAAAUGCGCGCUACCACAAAGGAGGUGAAGCGGAGUUUGGAGGUUUGCAUGACCGCAUCAAACGCGGAGACAUUGUUGGCUUCACUGGACAGCCAACCCGUUCAAAAACCGGCGAGCUCUCCAUAAUCCCUUCUGAAGUGGUGCAGCUCACUCCGUGUCUCCAUAUGUUACCGCACACUCAUUAUGGUAUUAAAGACAAGGAAUUGAGGUUAGUUGCAGGCUUAUGAUUGGUGAAAUGGAUGAAAAUUUCAAAGGCCUAUGGAGCGCAUUGAUUCGAAUCAAAAGAUAAGAUUAGCCCAAACAUAAUAACUUUUUUCUCGACAAAAGUGAAAUGCCGCAAAGUUGUUUGUGAUUCUAAAGACUUCAUAUUAUACCCCUGAGAAUUUUCAUAUGAUUCUUAACUCAUCGAAAAUACCUACUUCUUUUAAACCAAAUCUAAACAAUUUUCCAAAUAUCAUUGCACCAAAACCUUCUUUUUACAGGUAGAAAUAUAUUUUCGCCUUUUGCAGAUUCCGCAAACGUUACCUGGACCUCAUUUUGAACCCUCAAGUCAAAAAUAACUUUGUCAUCAGAUCUCGCAUAAUUACUUUCUUGAGACGCUACCUCGACAACCUUGGAUUUUUGGAGGUCAAAAACUCAAGAGAAAAACAAUAAAAAAAGGAUUUAGGUUGAAACUCCAAUUAUGAACCAGAUUGCCGGAGGAGCAACUGCCAAGCCGUUCAUAACUCAUCAUAAUGACCUCGACAUGAACCUUUAUCUGAGAAUCGCUCCAGAACUGUAUCACAAGGUCAGAGAAACGUAAUAUCGCGCAAAAAGAGUAGUAGGAUUAUUAUGUUGAAGAUUUUUUUGAGCCUUUGAAACGAAACUUUCUUUUUGUGAUGUAGAAUGCGUGUUCCGAAUAUAACGAUUAUCUGUCUGAGAUUUAUAAGAAUGGAAAUUUUAAUAUAUGGGAAUCCCAAAUACAUGAAUGAAACAAACCAUAAAAACUUCUACCUUAUAGUCAAUAAUUCUACAGGAUUUUUUUUUCCUAGUCUAGUACUGAAUCUUAAUGAAAAAUCGUCUACUAAUGCUAGCAAACCCUGCCAAACAAUCCUCUGAAAUUUUGAAGAUGCUUGUGGUCGGAGGAAUCGAUCGCGUCUACGAAGUCGGCCGUCUCUUCCGAAACGAAGGCAUCGACCUCACUCACAAUCCGGAAUUCACAACCUGCGAAUUCUACAUGGCUUACGCUGACUACGAAGACGUCAUCAAGAUCACGGAAGACCUUCUGAGCAGUCAGUUCUUCUCACGAAUUUAUUUGAGGAGCUUUCUGAUUUGAGGCAUGGUUAUGGCGAUUCACGGAACUUACAAAAUCCAGUACCACCCUGAUGGCCCAGGCACCGAUCUUGUUUAUGAUGUGAGGCAGAUUUUUUUUUUCAAGUGGAAGAAAUAAUUGUUUAGGUGGAUUUCACUCCUCCUUUCAAACGCGUCCACAUGUACGACGGCCUUGCUCAGGAACUUGGAGUGAAACUUCCAGAUCCUGUGACUCUUGACACAGAAGGUUGUUUUUUUUUAACAGUGAAACGACUGAGUGUUUAUUUCAAUUUUUUGUUUAUUGUAGAGUUUUUUUUUCUUUUUUAAAUUGAACACUGACGUAUUUCUCAAUAAAGUUUUUUUUUCAAAAUUUUAGCGGAAGAUCAAAAAUGACUCGUGUAACUUGUUCAGGAAAUAAACGAUCAUUGAAGUAGAUUUAUCGAGAUUUUAUUUCCAGAAGCCCGAUUAGCUUUUGACAAGAUUGCUCGAGAAAAAGGCGUCGAUUGUCCUGAGCCAAGGACGACCGCCCGACUUCUUGACAAACUUGUUGGGGAAUAUCUUGAAAGCAAGUUCAUCUCGCCGACUUUCCUCAUCGGCCAUCCUCAGAUCAUGAGCCCUCUGGCUAAAUGGCACAGGUUUCUGUUAACUUUUUUUGUAAGAGACACAUAUUAGAAAAAAUAAAAUAAUUUUCAUCAAAAGCAAGUUUCUGAAAUGAAAACCUCUUGAACAAAAAAUGACAAAAACAACACAAAUAUAUAUAUUCCAGAAACACUCCUGGGCUGACCGAAAGGUUUGAGCUUUUUGCCGUGACACGAGAAAUCGCCAACGCCUACACAGAGUUGAACGAUCCCAUCACUCAAAGGGCAAGAUUUGAACAACAGGCUAAGGUUAGUGUCUUCUGAGAUUUUCAUUGAGUUUCACACAUAACCAGGCUGUCAAAAAGUUUUAAAAGAACAUUGCGAACAAUUGAUAGUAAUACCAACUUGGAAGGUAACGUUUAAGUCAUAUGUUCUUAAAAACGGGAAACAAGAACUGUGUAAUUUUUUUGAAUGAAAAAAUUUUGAGCAUUUUAAGAAAAAAAAUUGAAAAAAAAAAUUUGAUGUAUCGUAGGACAAAGACGCCGGAGACGACGAAGCACAAGCGAUUGAUGAGACGUUCUGCAACGCGUUGGAAUACGGCCUGCCGCCGACUGCUGGCUGGGGGAUGGGCAUCGAUCGAUUGUCCAUGAUCCUCACGGACAACAAUAACAUUAAGGUGAGUGUCCUUUCCCAGAAAUGUUAUCUUUCAGCUUUUAAAUGAUCCCAAUCCAAAAAAUGAGCUAUUUUUCUGUGACUAAUAGAUCCGCUACGACCAAGAAAAAAAUUAAAUAACAAUAACAAUUUCACAAAGCAAAAUUUUUGAACAUAUGAAAAAUGAAACUCUUGGAAGUUUAAACGAUUUCAAUUAACAAGAAAAAUUUGUCAAAACUUGAUUAGCGUCAAAAAAUUUUUACCGCUUCACAGAACCAGUUUCAGGAAGUUCUUUUCUUCCCCGCAAUGCGUCCAGAAGAAAGCGUCGCUGACAGCAAAGACAUCAACCCCAAAGAGGAAACUUCAUGA